AUGAGAGCACUAGUUUCAAGUCUUCGUGGACUAGCCACUAACAUAGCUGAUGACAUCGCAACAAUUACGACUGAUUUUAGAUUUGGACUCGGCACAGCUAUGGAUAAAGUUAUAGAUCCCUUUACCAAACAAGAUCCCUAUCGUCUCAAGAAUCCUUGUGGACCCGACCCGUGUGACAAACCAUACUCUUUUAUACAUCGGCUAUCGCUGACCAAUAACACAAACGAGUUUCAGAUUGCUUUAAGUCGUGUAAAUACAACUGGAAAUCAAGACAAAGUAGAAGGAUUGUUCGAUGGACUAAUGCAAGUCAUGGUAUGUGGGGAAAGAAUAGGUUGGAGGAAUAAAGCUAGACGGAUAGUUCUCUAUGCUACAGACAUAAAUUUCCACCAGGCUGGAGACGGCAGGGUUGCUGGCAUCCUAGAACCAAACGAUUGCCUUUGUCACUUAGAUGGCACUGGCAAAUAUACGAAGGCAGAAAUACAGGAUUAUCCUUCAGUGGGACAAAUCGUUCAGAAAGCUCGCGAGAAUAACAUCAAUGUCAUAUUUGUAAUUGGUGGAGAAAAUAAUCAAUUCAUAAGAAAUUUCUAUUAUGAUGACCUGAGCGCCAUUUUACCAGGAGGUGUCAACAAUGCAUCAGCGUUAUCCACAGAUUCUUCAAACAUUUUGAAUAUUGUUAGAGAUAACUACAGGCGUCUUCGAGAGACAGUAAAGUUAAUUAACAGUGGUAUCCCCGAAGAAUUGAAUGUAGAGAUAUACACAAACUGCAAAACAGGAGGACGCAACUUAGAUAAAACAAACAUUUGCCAAGGAUUGACUACAGACAAAUUGACAAAUUUUACACUGUACAUAACGUCCAACUUCACGGUUUGCCCUGAGAAGAGGAGCGUGGAUUUGACCAUUUUUCCCGAGGGUCUGGAGGAGCGAGUUCAGAUAGAGGUGGAACACGUGUGUGAUUGUGACUGUCAGCUAGAACCGGAAGUGGAACGAAACAGUACUAGAUGUAAUCGUAGAGGUACAUACGAGUGUGGUAUAUGUCAAUGCGAUGCCGGGUGGUCAGGAAAAAGUUGUGAUUGUGAUGAGAGGGGAACGACUAUGGACGCCUGUGGAACGGAAUCGGGAAUUUGCAGCAAUGCAGGUAAUUGUACCUGUCGAAAGUGUGAUUGCUUUGAGGGAUACAGCGGAGAAAGAUGUGAAUGUAAUGACCGGAAUUGCCCCUCAUACAAUGGCUUACUAUGCGGAGGAAAUGAAAGAGGACAAUGUUCCUGUGGAAAAUGUGUUUGUGACGUGAAAUAUACUGGAGAAGCUUGUGAAUGUCCGGUGUCUACGGAAGCUUGCAGAGACAAUAAUGGGACUCUUUGCUCCGAUAACGGAGUUUGUGAAUGUGGAAAGUGUCGGUGUGACAUCAAAUACAGUGGGGCGAUUUGUGACCGAUGUCAGCACUGUCCAGGAACAUGUGAGAACAACAAAAAUUGUGUAGAGUGCAUUGGAUUCAACCAGGGUCUCUUCAAUGAAACUAUAUGUAUCCAAAGAUGCAAAAAUGUCGAAGCUGUGUCUAUUUUACAGGAAACUGAUACAUCUGACAAUGAGACAUCACUCACACCCUGCGUUAUACAAGACAAGUAUGGUUGUAUUAUCAGCUUCAACGUUUAUAAUUCACCAGAUAGACAAUUUAUACAAGUAAAGUCUUCAAAACGUUGUCCUUUGGGGCCACCCAACCCUGUCACAAUAGGAGCCAGUGUUUCCGGUGCCAUCUUUCUCGUUGGGUUGAGUUUGAUCCUGAUUUGGAAGCUUCUGACUAUGGUAUAUGAUAAACUGGAGUAUGCCAAAUUUGAAUCAGAAAUUCAAAACCCAAUAUGGGAGAAGUCUGACAAUCCUAUCUACAAGGAGUGUGUUACAACGGUACAGAAUCCCGUGCAUGAAGCAAACUUAAUCCAUGGAAAUGAACCUAAUCCUAAAGAGGAAUACCUGAUUGGAUGAUUGACUUUUUUCGACAAAGGAAAGCAACAACUAAACAAAUACAAGCUAUCAAUUAAUCAGUAGGCGACAAUAUACACUUAUGAGUAAACUGAGUAAAUCUACUUCGAUGAGUAAAAAUACGGUUUGCUUCUUAACAA